GAUUUCAUUUAUUUAUGCGUGUUCGUUUUAUAACUCAAUUUACACCCUCGAAAGCUUGGCAAAGUAAAAAAAUAGUUUUUCUUAUAACACCACUACUUUGCUAAAAAUACAAACUUACUCUAUACAUUAAAUAUGACUAAACGAAAGUUUUGAAUACAGAAAGAAGUAUGUCUCAUAGAAUUUUUGUUGAAAAGAUCCAAAUCAACAAAUAACAAAAGAGUAUGAAUAAAAAAACAUAUUGAAAAUCAGAGUAAUAUUUAUAGUAUACUAGAGAUGGAUCAAGCUACAAAUAUAAAUAAUUCAUUAGAUUAUUUUGAAAUAAUAUUACUUUUGUCAUUACAGUUACCUGUCAAAAUGACAUCUAUGAAACAGUUCUCAAUUAGUGUUAUGCUAUACAUUUUCCUGCUCAAUUUAGAAAUAUAUUGCAUUUGGCCACCUGCUUAUAAGGUCAACUUAACCGAUGAGGAAACCUUCGAAAUCUUUGACGCUUUGAAGAACAGCGACGUUCAGGAUGUGUACGACGAAGAAGAACUGAUCAAAAGAGAAGAUUUGGAAAAGCUCGGCAUCAAGUCUCACCCUGAGAAAUAUUUCCGAAUCCAUCACAGCCUUCGAAGGAAAAAAAAAGAUAUCAGUACAAAAGACAAGAGAAUGAAGAAGAAAGUAUUUGAAACAUUCAAUCCGGAUAGCGAGUAUUCACUACCGUGGAAGGGAGGAUUCGUAAACGAAGAAGGAAGUUUUAUCAAAGAUGAAGAUGUGAUCUACUUCAAUCAAGACGCUAUCAUCUUUGAGGAACAUAAAGAAAAAAGGGACGAUAAAGUGGAGAAUAAAAACGAAAAUUACGACUACUCUAAACUGAAACAAGAAUAUAAAGAAGAACUGAAAACCGUUGUGAAAUCGAACGAAACAUUGAACUAUACUGAUACAAAAGAAGAGGAAUCUUUGAAAGAAUCAGUUAGAUCUCUUAUAAAGAAGCCACUAAGAAAUUGUACAGAUGAAGAAAAGAAAGGAAUAGGAAUACUUGCUAUCGAAUGUCUUCUUACAGACCUAAACAAGCCUAGGAUGAAGAACCAGUUUCUUGAAAAACUUGUGAGAAUUGUAGCCGUUUGGUUUGCGGUUUACUUAAUCAUAGUAAUACCCUGCUGGUGUCAAUAUGGCUGGUGCUGCUGUUGCUUCAGAUGCAAGUUCUGUCAGCCUAGGGAAGAAAUUGAAGAAGUGAAGAGAUAUUUCACAAAUAACCCUCCAGGUAUCUUUCACGAUAAAGAUAACAAAGUAUUUGAGUACCAGCCAACUUUUUAUGAGAAGUAUGCCCACAAAAAACUUGAACAAGAGUUGAGAAACUUAUAAUGUGAAGUAAUUGUUGCUCUGUGAGUUUAUUAGGAGAAUAUUAUACUGUUGAAAUAUU